AACAUUGCUAAUUAUUUUAUUUUCCAAUAGAAAUGUAGAAACUUCAGUUUAUGUUAUUUUUUAUUUUUUUUCUUUCAAAGAAAUGGAAGAAGGGAAAUUCUGCAGCUGUAAGUGUAUUUUGGGGUUAAGAAACUAAAGGGAUGUUCUUACUUCUUAAAAUGGUUUUUCAUGUGUAAAAGUGGGAGUGUAAAACAACUAGACAUUCGGAUGACUUUGGGAGAGUGCUGGUUGAAACUCUUGAAUCUUGGUGUUUAUUAGUAUUACAUGGAACGAGAAGUUUCAUUGCCUUUGCUUUUAUCCGGGAUUCUAAGGAGAAUCUCAUUUGAGUAACCAGAACAUAAGCUAGUUUACUUCGUAUUAAAUAGAAUCUAUUCUCUUCAUGGUUUUGUAGCUUAAUAUAAUGGUUUACAGGGUUAUACUUUCUGACUCUGCUUUUUGAAGAUUUAAAUUCAUUAAUGGAAUUUUACAAUAUGAAGUAGACAUAUGAAAAUCACUAGCGAUUGAGGUAUAGUAUGAAUAUGUUUGGAAAUUGGUUUCUAGUGCUUAAACCGUAUGUUAUAAUGCUAUUAUUACUUCUUACAGUAGAAGGACUUUUCUUUUUGUGAGGAGGAAUAGGUUGGGGUUGCUGGAGAUGUUGAAAGUAACCUCUGCUACUUCAUUAUACUUAUCUUGCCGCUGCUAUGAAAUCAUUCAUGUAGGACCUCAAUUAUUGAAAGUCUAUUGAGAACAUUUCAAUAAUAGAAUAAUGGAAGAAAUUGACACAUCAACCUACAUCUUAACUUAUUAUCUCAACAUAUUAGAAUAAGCUGAAUUUGAGGCUUAAAAUGAAUUUUUGUCAAACCUUCAUCAAAUCAAAAUUUUAAAGAAGCUUUAAGAAGGGGAUCACUCAAUUUUUAUAACUUAAGAAUGUAGAUUUCCAAGCAUCAUAUUUGAAUACGUGAAUAUCAUGUUAUGGGUUUGAUAGUUUUUCAAUGAAGCAAGAAGCUUCUGAUUUGAUGGAUUGACCGUCGAAGCAUUAAGCUGGAGGGGGGGUCUGGAGUAGGAACUAGAAAGAGGCCAAAGUUCAAGUCAAACAAAGGAUUGAGGGAUCUUAGACCUGUAUCACUUUUAUGGAGGGCAAGAUUGGAAUUUAACUAAAGAGAAAGCGAUCAGAUAGACUAAAAUCUGUGCAGGAAUCUGAAAGUGGAGCCAGAGAAUUCCCCUUUUCUUUUCUUUUAUAAUUUUGCUCUGUACUCUUUAUUUGCCUAAUUUUUUUUUAGCUGCGUUCAAGUAAUUACUGAAUGGCAGCUUAUGUUUCUUUAUAUACCUGCCUUGGCAUCCAAGUUUCUUGAGUCAGCUGUUUUCUUCUUGCAUGAGUGAUUCCCUGUCCUCAUCUUGAACAUGGUAAAGUUUGAUGUCUCGUAGGUUAAAUAUUAGUCCUGAAAGACCCAAACUACAGAUGGCCACUCUUUAUUAGUAAGUUUCUAUAGAGUGAAGGCUGUGAAGGCUGACAAUGGCUUUUUAUUCUGAGGAGGAAAAAACUGAGGAUUAUCUUUUCAAGAUUGUUCUAAUUGGUGACUCAGCUGUUGGAAAAUCAAAUUUGCUUGCAAGAUUUGCUAGGGAUGAAUUCUACCCAAAUUCAAAGUCAACUAUAGGAGUAGAGUUCCAAACACAGAAGAUUGACAUCAAUGGAAAGGAAAUUAAAGCACAGAUAUGGGAUACAGCUGGUCAAGAGCGGUUCAGGGCUGUUACAUCUGCAUAUUAUAGAGGUGCGGUUGGAGCUCUUGUGGUGUAUGAUAUAAGUAGACGCCAAACAUUUGAUAGCAUUGGAAGAUGGCUCAAUGAACUUCAUACUCACUCCGACAUGAAUGUAGUCACAAUACUUGUUGGUAACAAAUCCGAUCUAAAAGAUGCUAGGGAGGUAUCCACUGCUGAAGGCAAAGCCUUGGCUGAAGCACAGGGUUUGUUUUUCAUAGAAACAUCAGCUCUCGAUUCAUCUAAUGUUGUUGCUGCCUUUCAGAUAGUUGUGAAAGAGAUCUACCACAUAUUAAGCCGAAAAGUUAUGAUUUCUCAAGAGCUCAAGAAACAAGAUCCUAUAUGGGUAGGAAAUGGAAAAACUGUGGUUUUACAGGGAGAAGGGAAUCAAGAAACAGGUCCAGAACUUAAAAAGGGUUGGUGCUGCUCUUCUUAAAGCUAUACACCUUGGAAUGUUGUGAACAAUCUUUUGCUGUUUCUAACUAGUCUCUUUCCACUAUAGCUAUUCCACUUUUCUUCUUCUCCAUGGGACCAGAUUUCUUGGAGUUCAUCGAAAUGUUAAUUCAAAUUUAAUUCAUUCUCACCUUUUUUUUAGAUCCCUUUUUCCUGUGGGUGAUUGAUGCUUGUAGAAGAGAAUUUAAAGUAGAAAAUGUAAAUGAUGUGAAGGGGGCAUUGAGAAGGCUAUGUUAUACAAUACAGCGUUCAAAAUUGAGUUUUUUUUUGCUUA